AUGGAGCAUGUGUGGGAGCCCGGGCCUGCGAAGUUCACCGCCAUGUUCAACCACGACAAGUCGGUCGCUGACUUCUUGAAGUUCUCGCCUCAGAAGCUUCUCUGCCAGCCUUUCAUGUCUGCAACGGCUAGCUCUCCGCAGGCACAAAUUCAGCGGCGCAAGAAAUGGCUCCGUGCCAGCGACAUACAAAAGAGUUGGAGCCUGAGUCAGCUGAUGGUGCAAUGGGACUUCGCCGAGCGUCGCUGGUGGGACAUCCGCGAGUCCUGUGCGACGGAAGCGAACAAGCGCGAGCUUCUGGUGAACCACGGGUGGACAGGCUACCAAGCCCAGAAGAAGGAGGAGUGGGUAGUGUGGUGGUACCUCAGCGACACCAUCUGGGCGUGGGAAAGCGAUCUCUUCGGAGCCGAAGAGGCAAGGCUAGGCGAGAGAGAGUGGCCAGUGGAGUCAGCUGAACAUGUUUUCGUGCCAGGCCAGCGCACAGUGAGCGGGCAGCUUGCUGCAGUGCGUGCGCAGCGCCCAGGUACAAGGGAAUGCCAGCAAAGAAAGAAGGAAAGCAAGUGCUUGUAG